UCUCAAAACUCUGAGAGUGAGUGAGUGUGAAAGAAAGAAAGAAAGAAAGAAAGAAAAACCCUAGGUGAGAGAAAGUGCGGGAAAGAAGAAAAUGCCUCGGGAGAUCAUCACAUUGCAGGUGGGACAAUGCGGGAACCAGAUCGGAAUGGAGUUCUGGAAGCAGCUCUGCCUCGAGCACGGUAUCAGCAAAGAAGGCAUUCUCGAAGACUUUGCCACUCAGGGAGGGGACAGAAAAGAUGUGUUUUUCUACCAGGCUGACGAUCAGCACUACAUACCACGAGCUUUGCUGAUUGAUUUGGAGCCCAGAGUGAUUAAUGGUAUUCAGAACAGUGACUAUCGAAACCUCUACAAUCAUGAGAACAUCUAUGUUGCAGAUCAUGGAGGUGGUGCAGGAAAUAAUUGGGCCAGUGGAUAUGAUCAGGGAAAAGGUGUUGAAGAGGCCAUAAUGGACAUGAUUGAUAGAGAAGCAGAUGGGAGUGAUAGUCUUGAAGGAUUUGUUCUUUGCCAUUCAAUUGCUGGUGGAACAGGCUCAGGAAUGGGUUCCUAUCUGUUGGAGACUUUGAAUGAUCGAUACAGCAAAAAACUGGUUCAGACAUACAGUGUAUUUCCUAACCAGAUGGAAACAAGUGAUGUGGUGGUCCAGCCUUAUAACUCACUUUUGACACUUAAGCGACUAACUCUGAAUGCUGAUUGUGUUGUCGUCCUUGAUAACACUGCAUUGAAUAGAAUCGCUGUCGAGCGCCUCCAUCUCACAAAUCCCACCUUUGCUCAAACAAAUUCUUUGGUUUCUACUGUAAUGUCUGCUAGCACAACCACUCUGAGAUAUCCAGGGUACAUGAACAACGACUUGGUUGGUCUUCUUGCAUCUUUGAUUCCAACACCAAGAUGCCAUUUUCUAAUGACAGGAUAUACACCCCUCACAGUCGAGCGCCAGGCUAAUGUGAUUCGUAAAACCACUGUACUUGAUGUUAUGAGAAGACUUCUGCAGACAAAAAAUAUCAUGGUUUCCUCGUAUGCUCGAACAAAAGAAGCCAGUCAAGCAAAGUAUAUAUCGAUAUUAAACAUCAUUCAAGGAGAAGUAGACCCUACUCAGGUUCAUGAAAGUUUGCAGAGGAUACGUGAAAGAAAGCUUGUUAACUUUAUUGAGUGGGGCCCUGCAAGCAUUCAGGUUGCUUUGUCUAGGAAGUCUCCGUAUGUACAAACUGCCCAUAGGGUCAGUGGUCUUAUGCUAGCCAGCCAUACUAGUAUUCGCCACCUUUUCAGCAAGUGUUUGAGCCAGUAUUCGUUGUUAAGAAAGAAGCAAGCUUUUCUUGACAACUACCGGAAGUUCCCUAUGUUUGCUGAGAAUGACCUUUCGGAAUUUGAUGAAUCAAGAGAAAUACUUGAGAGUUUGGUUGAUGAAUAUAAGGCCUGUGAGUCCCCAGAUUACAUCAAAUGGGGAAUGGAGGAUCCAGACCACGUUCUUACAGGAGAAGGCAGUGCAGCAGGAACAGUGGACCCAAAAUUGGCAGUAUGAACAAUUUAGGAUUGGAAAACACAUAUCGCUAAGUGCUGGUGCCAAAAGUACAUUUGGAGGGAGCAUUGUAUAGUAUUUAUUGCAAUUCUUCAUUUUAAGUAUUUCCUAACGGAAUAAUUAAUGUAAUAUUAUUUUCUGGGUGUUUCAUUUUGGUUAUUGAUUUG